UACGCAUAAAGAAAGAGAGAGAGAAAGCAUCAUAUCUGACCACAUGAUUGUGCCUCAGUUGAUAACCUCUUAAUGUCAUUUUAAGGUGACCAGUUUCUCUCCUCUAGUAUGCUAACCGUGUUAUUCCUCUUCGCAGCUUCUCUGCUCAUCAUUGAUGUCUCUACAGCCCCCAAUCUACAAAUUGUGAAUGGUUUUGCAGCCAGACAGUGUGAGUUCCCUUCAGUUGUUCAUUUAUUGAUUACUGAUCAAUCAGCUGAGGGGGAAAACAGCAGCCGGUGUGCUGCCACCAUUAUUGAUUCCACCCAUCUCCUGACAGCAGCUCAUUGUCUAGAAGAUGGUGACCCCAGCAUCAAGAUCAGUAUUGGUUCUGUGGGUGAAGAAGAAACAGAAGUUGAAUCUUUAAACACAACCUCAUUCAUUGUUCAUGAGAAUUACACAAGAACUAAUACUUUCAUCUUUAAUGAUAUUGCCAUUAUCAUCUUGCAGCAGCCUAUAAACUUCACGAAAUGUGUUAAAGCAGCAAAAAUUGCCAAGAAAAGUGCAACAUUUGACAACAAGACGUGUGAGACCAUUGGUUGGGGAAGAACAAAAUCAAAUGGGCUGGCAUCAAAGAUUCUUCUCAAAACGAAACUGACCAGCAUCUCUUUUGAGACCUGUUUAAAUAAAUCACAGUUGAUCAUCUUACCUGGUUUUAUAUGUGCUGGGGAUUUUAAACCAGGUGGAGCUCAUACAUGUUAUGGCGAUUCUGGUGGGCCUCUUUAUUGUCCAGAUGCCAAUGGGGUCAUGAUUUUUGCUGGAAUAACAUCAUUUGGAGUUGAUUGCUACAGUGAUAUCAAUGUGUUCAGCAGUAUUGCUUUCCAUUCUGACUGGAUUAUGGAGCAUAUAAAUUGAGAGAUUCAUAUCAAAGGAACCAACCAGAAAACACCCAGAAAACACCCAAAGGAAGAAUACACUGGGGAAUAUGAUCUUCGAUAUAUUGUGCAUGCAAAAGAGAAAAACCUAAUAAAGACUGGAUGGUCAUCGCUGGAAUGUGUUUUGAUCAUAGGUUCAUGUCAUCAGAAAGAGUUAAGGUUAAAUAAUAUCAGAUAAGACAAAUAGUUUUUUCACAAUUCUCUUUUUUUCUUCCUCCUUCUCUCACAUUUCUGUUUGCAACAAUAAAUUUUAAUUCUUUGAAUCUU